AUGGGCAAGCGUAAGCAAGAUCUUAGUGACGUGCCUAUGAGCGGCACUGCUGACGACGAUGACUCUGGCGACGACACGGAAUUGAUCAAUGUCGACUUCGAAUGGUUUGACCCGCAGCCUGCAGUCGACUUUCACGGCCUCAAGAACCUUUGCCGCCAACUAUUCGACAACGAUGCACAAGACUUUGACAUGUCUGCUCUGUCAGACCUGAUUUUGUCGCAGCCAACACUGGGUUCAACUGUCAAGGUCGACGGCAACGAGACGGAUCCGUAUGCCUUUUUGUCUGUUCUCAAUCUCCAAGAGCACAAGGAUAAACCCGUCGUUCGUGACCUGACAAAUUACCUCAAGAAUAAAUCUGCAUCCAACCCUUCUCUGUCUGCCCUCUCCGAUCUUCUUUCGCAAGACCCAAUCCCUCCAAUUGGCCUAAUUCUUACCGAGCGAUUGAUCAAUAUGCCUGCUGAAAUUGUUCCGCCUAUGUAUAAUAUGCUGCAAGAGGAGAUUGCCUGGGCGCUUGAGGAUAAGGAACCCUAUAGCUUCACACACUACCUCAUCGUGUCGAAGAACUACAAAGAGCUAGAGUCCAAGCUCGAUGCUGAGGAGUCGCGACCACAAAAGAAAUCGAAGAAGGGCGGUGAUCCGGCUCAGCGCUUCUUGUUUCAUCCAGAGGACGAAAUUUUAGAGCGCAAUGCGGUAUGCUCCGGGGCCUUCGAAUACACUCAUCAGCACGAUGAGGGCCACUCGGACUCCAAGCGAGCUUUCCAAGAGCUCGGUAUUGUCACCAACGGUAGCUUGAUCCUGAUAGAGGCUGCCAAGUUUGAGUCAACGGUUAAGGCUAUGAUGGAAUACUUCAAGCCACCAGCUUGA